AUGGCGGGUAAAAGCUCGACCCUCUUUACGAUUUCAAAAAAAAAAAUGCAGCGUUUCCGUCUCUUCUCCUUCCUCUUGCGGUUGCUGGCGCUUUUUGUAUGCAGAACAAAACCACACACUUUCAGCCAUAUCAACAAAGGCCAUCCCGUUUGCACCUUUUUUUUCUUGCGGAAAAUGGCAGACCUUCUUUCUCUUCAACAAAUUACUGAGCUUAAAGAAGCCUUUUCCGCAUUUGACGUUGAUUGUGAUGGUAGCAUUACUGUGGAUGAUUUGGAGCAAGUGUUCAGUUCCAUUGGUCACAAAGUGUCCAAGAAAAGGCUGCAGUCGAUUUUAUGUGAAGCUGACCUAGACUCCAACGGGGUGAUCGACUUCCCGGAGUUUCUCACGCUUGUCGCCACUAAGCUGAACGACCCGGAGGAAAAGGAGCUUGAAAUGCGUCGUGCGUUUCGCAUGUACGACCUAGGAAACACCGGAUUCAUCACUGUGUCCAAUCUGCGCUUUGUGAUGGGGCGCCUUGGCUGUUUCCUGACAUCACAACAGGCAUUCGACAUGAUUAGUGAGGCGGAUGCGGAUGGCGACGGAAAGCUCAGCUUUGACGAUUUUCGUCGUGUGAUGACUGAGGGAUGGGGCGCAACGCCUUGA